AUGGCAGACCGGCCGCGCUACCACGUGACGCCGCGGCGGCCGCUCCGCGGGCGGGCGGAAGCGACGGACGCGGGUCCCGCCCCGCGGGAAGUGAGGCCCGCGGAGCCGCCCCCGCCGCCGCGGGAAGGCGGCAGCUCUAGGCCCGAGCAGGCGGCGGCGGGCGGACGGGGCAGAGGCCGGGGCAGGGGACGAGGCCGGGGCAAGCGGCGCGGCGCGGCGGCGGGCGGCAUGGUGGGCAGCGGCGACGAGGAGGGGCCUCCGGCGGACGGCCCCGGGUUGGCUCCUCCGGACGGUCCCGGGCUGAAGCGGCGGCGGAAGAGCCCCCGGCUGGCGGCGGCGGCGGCGCGGCCGGAGGAGCUCGGGGACGAGGUGGACAGCGCGGCCCUGCAGGGGGACGAGCAUCACUUCGGGACCCCAGACUCCCUGACGCGGCCCCCUAUAAAAGCGUACAGAUCGCCAGGUGGGACUACAGUUUACUUUGAAGAGAAUACAGUAAAGGAAAAUGCAAAGGCUCAUGAUAGUAACAGAACUGAGAAACCAACCAUUUCUGCACCAUUAAAAGAAAUAAAGGCUGACUUCCUUGAGAGAAAUCAAGAGUGCUACUCAACUACUGCACCACAGAGCAGAAGUAAAUCUCGGUAUCAGUCCAGUACAGAGAAGCAGUCACAGCCUUUGGCCAGAAAUGACAGUGAAUCACAGAAUGGAUUUCACAAGAUAUGGACUUUGUUACUGGUUCUGUUAAUUUGUGUCCCACUGCUUUACAUCCUGUGGAGUGGGAUUCAAGGUGGAACCUCCUCAAGGAGAGAUGCUGAAAUUCUGCAAGAGUUUCGGGCCCGGAUGGAGAAACUAAAAAACACUUACCAAAGCCAGGACCCCAGACUGUGGAGAAAAGCCCGUGUGUCCCUUGAGAAACGUCUCAACUCUUCCCAUGAGCACCUGGAGCCUGCUAUCCUGCUGCUCACAGCUGGCCAGGAAGCUGAGAAGGCCCUGAGGUGCCUGAGCAAUGAGAUUGCCAACGCUUUUGCCUCGUCCCAGAACGCCACCACAAUCAGCAUCGACGGCGUGGACAAGGCUGUGCUGGACAGUGACGUUGUCAAGCUGGAGGUGGACACAGAGCUCAGCUCUGGCUUCAGGGAGGGCAAGAAGGUGGCAGUGGUGCAUAGAUUUGAGUCGCUGCCUGCAGGCUCCACCCUGAUCUUUUACAAGUACUGUGACCAUGAAAACGCAGCGUUUAAGGACGUGGCCCUCGUGCUGACAGUUCUCCUGGAUGAGCAGUCACUGAGAAAGAGCCUCACCUUCCAAGAGGUGGAGGAGAAAGUCCGGGAUUUCCUCUGGGCAAAGUUCACCAGCUCAGAUGUUCCCAGCUCUUACAAUGGCAUGGACACAGAUAAGCUGAGUGGACUGUGGAGCCGGAUAUCUCAUCUUGUGUUGCCUGUUUGGCCUGAAAAGGGCCUCCCUCUAGAGGGGUGCACAUAAAAGUUGCUGGAGAGCACUUGGGAAAGGAGGAAGACACAAAAUGUGUGUUGCAAGGCAGAGCAGGGAAGAACUGAGCGUGGCUGCUGAGCUCAGGCAACCACAGACCAGUCCUUUCUGUGCUGAGCCUUUCCACCAGCUGGCAGAGUUGUUUCUGCCAAAGCAACUGGGACUUCUCUAAGUAAACUGCAGAGUGUAAGCAAGGAACUUGUUGGUAAAUUGUAUUCAGUGAUGCAUUCAGCCUUGGUAUCCUGGAGCUGAACAUUGCUGUGCCUCAGUUCAGAGUCACUCAUCUGCCUCUGAACCUGUGUUGAAGCACUGUUGGCUUUGCUGUGAGGAUCCUCCUCUGGUGGUGCAUAAAGCUGGUGUCACAUUUGACAAGGUAACAAUGUAAAGCCAUCACCUUCAUCUCCCACAAUUGCUUACUUCACUUCUAACAUAAGAAAUAAACUGAAAAUGAUGAAUAAGUGA